UUCUAUUCGAUAAUCGAUACUAUUCACAUCACUUGAGGUGACAAAUGUUUUCCGUUCUCGUGUGUAAACUUAACUGAAAAUCGCAAAAAAUUAAAAAAACUAGAGUGCUUUCGAUAAAAAUACAAUAUUUUCGAGUAAUUAGUGUAUUUUUCGCUAAAUACUACCACACCAGUUGCAAUACGACAACUGCGCUUGCUUCCCUUUUGCUUAUUUCUCAAUAAUACUUGCACCUGCCACGCCGGUUUUCUGGCUUGUAUAUCUACAUACGCUCUGCGGCGAUCUAAGGAAAUGGCCAACAUGUUGGAAAAUCAAUUGUUGACUGCAGCUGAACUGAUUGAAAAGCAGUUAGAUCAGCAGCUAAAUCAGUUGGGCAAUUUGGAUUCAGAUGACUUGAAAUCAAUAAGGGAACAACGUCUCAAAGAAAUGAAAGAUCUGAAUCGUAAAAAGCAGGAGUGGUUGAAAAAUGGUCAUGGGACAUACAGCGAGUUGGCCGAUGAAAAGGAAUUUUUCGAGGUUUCGAAAAAGUCUCCAAAUAUAGUUUGUCAUUUUUAUCGUGACUCCACAGAGCGCUGCCGCAUUGUAGAUAUGCAUUUGAAAAUACUUGCUACUAAACAUAUUGAAGCGAAAUUCUGUAAAGUAAAUGCUGAGAAGUCACCUUUCUUAACGCAAAGACUGCGCAUUAAAGUUAUUCCCACUAUUGCAUUAGUUAAGGACAGUAAAACAAAGGAUUUCAUAGUUGGAUUUACCGAUUUGGGUAACUGCGAUGAUUUCUCAACAGAUAUGUUGGAAUGGCGAAUAGCACAAUCUGGUGCAAUUGAUUACAAGGGCGACCUUAUGACACCACCUGAUGUAAAGAAGAAGGCGUAUAUUAACCGUGUGAACAAGACCAUACGCAGUGGCUAUGACUCUGAUGAUUCUGAUAUAGAUUUUGAUGAUUAACAGCACUUAUACAGCAGGUGGCAACUGAAGAGCCCACAGUGUCUUUAAAAAAAGCUAGAGUUUAAAAAGCUUGCUUAGCAAAUUCAACUCAAUCAAAAUUAAAAUAAUUGCAUAUGUACAUAUGUAUGUAAGUAUAACAAACUUCAUGAUUUGUAAAGAGUAAAAAAAUCUACAGUUGCGAGAAAUCAACGAAACUCAUCAGCAGCUUACUCCAAUUAGCAUGAAAACAAAAUGCUUACAAAAAUUUUUACCCUUGGUUGCGUAGGAAUGUAAUUCAAUUUAUAACUUAGAAAAGGCACAAACAGGCGUGGCAAACUAUAGUAUUGUUCUCAAUGGGGAACAACUGGAAAAGACAAAUACUGGUAAUUCACAAACAUAUUUCUAGGGCUUUCUUAGUACAUUUACAAUAUUUAUUUUUUAUACUAUUACACAAAAAUUAACAAAAAUAUGCAUGCAAAACUAGAAAUACGGAUAAAUCGAUAAGAUUUCUAUAUAAGAAUCCACUAAUUGUAUUGCGUUCUUAAGUUUGAUUGGCAAAAACAAUAAAAGCGGUCUUAUCAAAUGCAAAA